GAGUCCUUAACAAAAGCCUCAUCGUCUCUUUGAACGCGAGCCGAGAAGGCGCGAAAGAGUGUUACUGUACAGACGCUGCCCGCCAUAUUUCGCGUCUCAUAUCCUGUUUGUGUCACCUGUGAAUGGCCGCCGACAAGCUGAUAUAAUACAGAGGCUCCGAGGAGAUAGAGGCGCACAUUGUAUGCCGUCAGAUUACAGUCGGGCGGGGAGACCCGGCGCAGCGCAUCCGUUAUUCAUGAAGUUUAAAGCGGCAGCCACGCGCAUCAAUCAGUCCCUUUCACCGUUUGUGCCGCUCGUGCGUCAGCGAGUGCGCACGGCGUCCCGCCUGUUGCUGCUCCUGCUGCAAGAGAGAGAGAGAGAGAGCGCGCGCGAGAGAGGGGCUCUGCGCUCGCGCUCACAACCACUUUCAACUUGUUACGCGCGCCUUGCCGCCGUUCUUUUAAACGGGGACUCGUGGGACAUUUGGAGAUAUUCUUUUUUUUUUUUUUAUUGAGGACCGUGAAGUCGUUAAGUUGCGCGCCAUGGUGCCAAAACGCUCGUGCGCCGUGACCUCUCCCGCUUCGCACCGUAGCGGGUAAAUCAGGCUCGCGCAACCGCGUUCAGCAUGGAGGCGCCACAUAACGGGUCCAACGCGACGACGAACUUGACCAACCAGUUCGUGCAGCCGCCGUGGCGCGUGGCGCUCUGGUCCGUCGCCUACAGCUCCGUGCUGGCCGUGGCCGUGUUCGGCAACCUCAUCGUGAUAUGGAUCAUCCUCGCUCACAAGCGGAUGCGGACGGUGACCAACUACUUUCUGCUGAACUUGGCGUUCUCGGACGCGUCCAUGGCGGCGUUCAACACGCUGAUAAACUUUGUCUACGCUGCCCACGGGGAGUGGUACUUCGGGGAGGCGUACUGCAAAUUUCACAACUUCUUCCCGGUCACGUCCGUGUUUGCCAGCAUCUACUCCAUGACGGCCAUCGCUGUGGACAGGUACAUGGCCAUCAUCCACCCUCUGAAGCCGCGUCUGUCGGCGAAGGUCACCACCGGGGUCAUCGUCUGCAUCUGGACUCUGGCUGUGAUCCUGGCCUUUCCUCUCUGCUACUUCUCCACCACCCGCACGCUGCCCAAGCGGACCCUGUGCUACGUGGCCUGGCCCCGCAUGGCCGACGACCCCUUCAUGUAUCAUAUCAUAGUGACGGUCCUGGUCUACGUGCUGCCGCUGGUGGUGAUGGGCAUCACUUACACCGUCGUAGGGGUGACUCUGUGGGGAGGAGAGAUUCCCGGAGACUCAUCUGACAAUUAUCACGGACAACUCCAGGCUAAAAGGAAGGUGGUGAAGAUGAUGAUCAUCGUGGUGGUGACCUUCGCCCUCUGCUGGCUGCCGUACCACGUGUACUUCAUCGUGACGGGUCUCAACAAGCGCCUGAGCAGGUGGAAGUACAUCCAGCAGGUGUACCUGUCGGUGCUGUGGCUGGCGAUGAGCUCCACCAUGUACAACCCCAUCAUCUACUGCUGCCUCAACAGCAGGUUCCGAGCCGGCUUCAAGCGCGCCUUCCGCUGGUGCCCAUUCAUCAAGGUGUCCAGCUACGACGAGCUGGAGCUGCGCUCCACGCGGCUGCACCCCGCGCGCCAGAGCAGCAUGUACACGCUGUCCCGCAUGGACACCACGCUGGUGGUCGUGUACGACCCGGCCGAGGGCGACGGCGGCGGCGCCGGCCGCGGGAGGAAGCACCCCCUGCCCGCCCGGAAGCGGAGCUACAUCACGGCUCGCCACCCGGAGGUCGCCGGGUGCAACGGCGACGGCGCGCGAGCGCUGAACGGCGACGCGCCGACGGCUCAGCCGGAGGAGUUCUCGUGAGGGGAGCGCCACGCGCACAGGAGUGUGUGGAGGUGAUGAAUCGUGGAUCGGCCACAUCAGCCCCAUGCAGGCGCGCCGGCCUGUGCACAUGCAUCGCCGGCGCCGACAUUAUUUUGUGCCGGUCCCCAUGGGGGCGCGUGCAGGCGGAGACG